AAAUCACCAGAUUCGCAGAAUCGUGAAAAAUUCAUCUUCAUUUCAUUCAUCUCAUUAUUUCUCUGCAGUUGCUCUGUUUUUCGUCUAAACUGCCCUCAAAAUUAAUCAUUUUGCGGACACUUUUACUCAUAAAUAGUCUAUUAAAACCAGUCGUGCAGUGAAUUAUCACACGAAUAUUACGGGAAUUGAAGUGAUAUCUUUCAAAAUAGUGGUGAACAAUAAAUAAACUCAAGCGGCAGUUUUCCGGAUAUGACUGUGUAGUUGUUCUGUUCGUGUGAUGUCAGACGGCGACCCAUCUCUCGAAGAGGAUAUCCCGAAGCCGCUUCUAGAUAGGCUGGAAGAUAAUGUGUUCACGCCUAAGAUAGCUACUCCGAUAUACACGGGAGGUGUGAGGCUGCACCACAGGAGAUCGGACGGCGCAGAAUCCCAGUCGUUCCUGUCAGACGCGCAGCGCAAUGAACUUGCGCUCGGUCAGCUUUUCCAAAAUGGAGAUGAAGCCCAAUUUCACGAGACGGAGAGGGAGAGGGAGGAGAAGAUGGCGGACAUCCAGGCCAUGUCCGUGUUGAGCAUGUAUCAGGACAACAUGUCGCAGGACAUGAACACAGACCGGGACAACGGUAGCGAGGCGUCCACGCGGCCGGCCGAGGAGUGCUGCGAUCCCGUCCUUCCUAGCGUCAGCAAUGGCAGGAAAAUCAACCAUUGCUCGAUAGUGAUGGGAGGAGUGUUAAACAAUCCCUCGCUGACAUUUAACGAUGGCGUGAGAACAAUAGACUACGUGCUAGUGUGGGAGGCUGGUAAGGAAGACGCCACCACUCAGGAAGCGUACGAACAGAGGCGGAUCUUCGAAGAAAACCUGGAGAAUGAGGGGCUCCAGCUCGAGAGAGAGGCGCCACCUGAAUUACACGGGUUACAUUUCAUUAAAGUUCAUGCACCAUUUCAAGUUUUAAGAGAUUACAGUGAAAUAUUAAAACUAAGGAUGCCAAUGAAGGAAUGCAGUAAGAUAAGAAAAAGUGGAAGAACGAAUGCCAUUCUGAAUGCUGCCAUGUAUAUGUCCAAGUUCUCAGCACUAAGAGACGUGACAGAGAAGACGAACAGCCUGAUAGAUCGAGUGGAUGCGUGUUGGGACCGGUUCAUGUCCAAGAUACGAGUUGAUCCAGAGCUGUUCCCCGAGAGAAAGCAUCGCCUUACCGCCAUUUAUUCUAAGGAUAAGGACUAUCUAUUCGACACGACCUCAGAAUGUUUCUGGACCCCAUCCAUCCGUUCCCGCAUAGUCCAGUUUAUACUGGACCGCAAGAAAUUUUCGGACAUGCCCAACGACGAUUUCGCUUUCGGCAUCGCUAGACUUAUAUCUAAUUCUACGUACAGCGCUGCGUACCCUCUGCACGACGGUGAUCUCAAAACUCCCGGAUCGAUGCGCCAUCUAUUGUACACAGAGUGGGCUACCGUUUCGAAAUGGAUCAAGUACCAACCACUAGAUUAUGUCAAAGAUUACUUCGGCGUUAAAAUUGGUCUAUACUUCGCAUGGCUAGGUUUCUACACUCAUAUGUUAAUCCCAGCAUCCAUAGUAGGUCUCAUCUGUGUUAUAUACUCUGCAUCUACGGUCUAUUCGAACGUGCCCAGUGAAGAGGUCUGCAACUACAAUUCUACCAUUAAAAUGUGUCCCCUCUGCGAUUACUUCUGCGACUACUGGGACCUAAAGGACACCUGUUUGCAGUCCCGAAUAACCUACCUCUUCGACAACCCCACCACUGUGUUCUUUGCCGUCUUCAUGAGUUUUUGGGCCGCGUGUUUCCUCGAACUAUGGAAGCGAUAUUCAGCAGAAAUGACGCACCGCUGGGACCUGACGGGCUUCGACGUUUACGAGGAGCAUCCCAGACCACAGUACUUGGCCAGGCUGGCACACGUGAAGAGAACACAGCUGAACGUGGUAACAGGCGAACGCGAACCAAUGGUGCCAUUCUGGCGCAUGCGCCUCCCCGCGACGCUGAUGUCGUUCAGCAUCGUCGCGAUUCUAGUCCUUAUGGCCUUCGCAACAGUGCUCGCGGUCGUUCUCUAUCGAAUGUCGCUACUAGGAGCCAUUGCCUUGGGAAACCACGACAAUGCCCUUAUAACAUCGAAUCCGAUUAUGUUUACAACAGCCACGGCAGCGUGUAUUAAUCUGGUGCUCAUCUGUAUGCUCAAUUAUGUUUACCAGUACUUAGCAGAAUGGCUGACAGAGAAGGAACUCUUGCGCACGCAAACAGAAUUCGACGACUCGCUGACACUCAAGAUAUACCUACUACAGUUCGUCAACUAUUACGCGUCCAUAUUCUAUAUAGCGUUCUUCAAAGGGAAGUAUGUGGGCCGCCCGGGAGACUAUGUGCGGUUCUUUGAGAAGAGACAGGAAGAGUGCGCGCCCGGCGGCUGUUUCCUGGAGCUGUCGAUCCAGCUGGCCAUCAUCAUGGUGGGCAAGCAGUUCAUCAACACCAUCGUGGAGAUGCUGAUGCCAUAUCUCCUCAAGUGGUGGUACAUCAUUCGCACCAUUGGCAGGAAAAACACGAUAAAAAGUCCUUUGCAGUGGGUGAAAGAUUUCAAACUAGUCGACUUUGGCAACAUGGGAUUGUUCCCAGAAUAUUUGGAGAUGGUGCUCCAAUACGGGUUCGUGACGAUCUUCGUGGCGGCGUUCCCGCUGGCGCCGCUGUUCGCGCUCAUCAACAACGUGCUGGAGAUGAGGCUGGACGCGCGCAAGUUCCUCACGUGCUACCGGCGGCCCGUGCCGCAGCGCGUCACCGACAUCGGCGUCUGGUACCGCAUCCUCGACUCCAUCGGGAAGCUCAGCAUCAUCACCAACGGCUUCAUAAUAGCGUUCACGUCGGAGUUCAUCCCGCGACUCGUGUACCGGAUGAGCAACGGCGGCGACAUGGACGGCUACGUCAAGUACACGUUAGCCAACUUCGAUACUUCGGUGUUGGAGUACAAGCCCCUCAGCCACUACAAUCAGACACAGUGCAGCUACCCCGGCUACUGGUAUUACAAGGAGGGUGACGACUACGAGCGCAGCAACUGGUAUUGGCACAUCAUGGGCGCUAGGCUGGCAUUCGUCGUCGUUUUUGAGAACGUGGUCGCCCUAGUGAUGAUAAUCGUCCGCUGGGCGAUCCCCGACAUGUCGGCCGAGCUGCGCGACCGCAUCCGGCGCGAGGCCUACGUCAUCAACUCCUUCAUCCUCGAGGAGACCCGCGCGCGCUCGCUAGUCUCCCGCGCCUCGCCCAAUCAGACGCCGGGGCUCUCCCCCCACUCCCCCCGCGCUGAAGGUCCACACCACUCUACGCCAGUUUAAAUAACACGGUUACGGCGAAUCUGAACCUAAUUGGAACCACAUAGCUUCACUUUCUGGUUCCGACUUCGACUUGGCUGCUCACGGCGAGCACCAGGACAUCGCCGACGCAGCCAAACACGUGGUAAGAAGGAGUACUAGGCGCAAGCGCAAUGAUGAGCCUGGGCCUACGCAUGUGUAGCUGAAACGGCUGAACGCACCAUUAAGAUUUUUUCGCGGUAGUAUAUAAGCAUUAAGGUUUGACAGAUGAAUUGCUGGGUGCGAUGUGAAUCUUUGUAGGAAUCUCGAUGUUUUGAACUGCCAUUACAUGCGUUAUUUAAUAAACAAUUUUAGGAGUCGUAAUUUUUGCUAUGCGAAAUUUUGAUAGGUUGAAUAGUUUUUUUUUAUCAGUACUCUAAAUUCGUAAAUAAUAUACAAAUUUCUUAAUUAUUACGCAAGAAAUUUUGGAGAUAUUUUUAUCGCAGUAAUAAAUCAAUGGCGAUCGUGUAUUUUUGAUAUGGUUCAGAAUAAAGCAUGUAAUGGCGAGCUAAAGGAUAUUUUUAGUUAAUUAUUAUUUUUCUUCCAAGCAGGCUCAAUAUUUAUUAUAAUCAUAUGUAAACUGCUUCUUUACUAAAACGUGAUGUUACGGGUGUAAAUACCUGACUGAUGUGUGGCGUAAAAAUGGCCAAGGCUUUGGUAAGUGCAAUUUUAAUAAUAUGUGUUGUUAAAACGGAAGCUACUAAUGAUUAAGAAUAAAGUUUUACAUCGUAAUUCCGCUAAGUAAGUUGCUAUUUCGAAAAUGAUAAACUUUACGUACUUGCCUUUAAUAUUGAUAAUAACAAGGAGCGACAAUUAUAUUGAAAAUUAAACUACUAAACCUUUCCCAUUUCAAUUACUUACUAAUUACUUUGGGGCUAGCUUAAUCUGUGUGAUUUGUCCCAAUAAAAAAAUAAAAUUUGCAAAAAAUUUGAAAUUGCCAAGUUACUUAGGGGGAUUUGAAGUAAUCGUUUAAGUGAAAAAUAUUUUGAUGACUUUUGCAUUUUUUAAGAAACCAUGUAAUGUCUCGAUGAAACUAUGAAUUUUAAACGUACUUAAGUUACACGUUCAUGAUAAUAAAAUUGAUAUGAUUUACAUAUCUGUCGUUUACACAGUAGAUGUCACUAGUGCGUAGAAAAUAUAGGCUUUUAAUAGUUCACGUAACAUGAAAUAAUGUUACAAAGUUUUAUAUAUUUCGAUAUAAAUAUACCUUUAACUAUAAUAUGUCAUAUCGUCCAAAAAGGUCUUGUAUCAAUAAAUCUCAAAAGUUAUUUACAUGAAAAAAUAUUUUAAUUAUGUAUCCAUAUAAUUAUUUUACUCGUUUAUUCACUUUUUUCAAGACUAAUUAAGAAUCUCAUCGCUUUAUACUACAUUAUCAAAAUUUUAUUUACAUACUGCUUUUAAAAACUGCAUUCUUGAACAAUAUUUAUAAAUGUGAAAUUAUUUUAUGAAAUAUUUAUUGAGUACUGGUUUAAGAAGUUAAAAAAAUAUAUGUUCAAGAUUAUUUGUGGAAUUGUUACCAUUUGCAGGAAAUUCUGAUACAGAAAAUAUUUUAAUAAAUUAUUAUACUUUGUUUAAAGGUUGUUGUUCCGCUGAUGAGAAAAUGGAUUAUAUUUUUUUUUCAUGAUUUAAAACGUUAGCAGAAUCGACACCUUGUUAGAUAAUGUAAAGGUGAAACAGAUUAUAUCAUAACUUUUUUCCAACCAAAUGUUUCUACUUCGAAAUUUAUUUAAAAAUGUUAGAGCGUCCGCUACGAUGAUGUCUUACUCAAGUAUCUCACGUGCGACAGAGAUGAAUCUAAUUUCUAUCUCUGUCCCAUGCAAUAUUAGUGAAUGAGAUGGUAAGCUCUUGCAGCGGACACACUUGCUAGGUGAUGCCUAAUACGUGUUCAGUAGUGAUUUAUAUCAUAAAAUUAUAGAGAAUAUUCUAGAUAUUAGCAUGUAACGUACGCUGCGCAAAAUAAACUUUAGUAAAUUGUUUAUUAUCAUAUUUCUAACAUAUAAUUCAUUUUUAUUAGUCAAUUCUUUAUAUUAUUAAAAGCGAUACUAAAGAUUUUUCUCUAUAUAUUUUAGAAGCUUAGCAUUUAAUAUGUGAGGGUUAUGUUAUAUUUCAUAAGUAUAUAAAGCUGUUAUAAAUAUAUAAUUUAUAAUCAUGUAACUGCUCUGUUUUAAUCUAUUGGUCAGACCAUAACGUCGUAACGUCUUUUUAAGUGAAUUGUAAGCUAAUACGUAUAUAAUGUUUGGUAUAAAAUGCCACACAUAAUGUUCUCAACGCAAGUUUCUAUAUCAUAUGUUAUAAUAUUAUAAGACGAGUGAUUAUUUGUUUAAAAUUCGGUGCUGUGCGAACCACUCCUAUUUUGGUGUUAAUUUAACUUAAGCCUUAGGUACAAGGUUGUUUCGUUUAAAUACCUAUACUGCUAGUCAUGCAAGUGUCCUGUGUUGUACUCUAGUUAUUUAUUAUAAGUACAUACGUCGUUAAUUAUAAUUACGACAGAAAAAUGCACCAAAAAAUUACAGCACUUGGAGAAACAGAAAAUUGUUUUAAAAUAAAAACUUGACUUGUUUGGUUAUAUUUAGCCUCCUUUACUACAUUAUUGGAGUAUGUAUAUGUUUAGUAAAGGAGAAAAAGUAGGAAAGUCUGGCUCCGUCGCUCUAUGGCGGCGGAAGCAACUGGGAUAACGCUCAGAUGAUAGAGAGAGAGAGUAUAUUUUGAUCUUUUUUGGUAGAUGACACAAAUGUACACAUUUGAAUUUGGGCAAUUUAUGGACAAUCACAAAUAAAAUAAAGCUAACGCAAUUAUUUAGGCGUAUUAAUGGAUACAGGUUUUCUUUUCAAUGUCAUAUUAAAGUUACCUACAUUUGUGAAAUCUUAGCGUAUUUUGGUAAGAGUGUAGACGUUUUUCUCAAAAAAACAAAUUUAAUAUGUACUUAUGCGGAAAAUACGUAUGAAAACUAUCGUCAUCACGCCCAUUCUAUUUGGACAGACUAAAUGGCUGGCAUAAAAUCGUGUUGGUCAUGUAAAAUGUUGUGUUUUUAAUAAAUCGUUUAUUUCAUUGGCCAGACAAGCCUUAAAUGGCGUGAUCGACUUCACACGUAUGACGUAUAUGUUAUUGUAACAUGUUGUCUAUUUAUUAACCAAUUUCUGAUACCUACAACCAUAUUUUCCCUUAUAUAUGUAUUAACUUUGUGUUACAGCAUAAAUGGUUUUUAUACAGGAUUUUUUAUCGGGUAUAAUGUUUUAAAUAUAUUUGCGUUUCUAUUUUCUAAGUAACAUAUAUUUUUAAGUUGAUAGUGUUGCCAGCGCUACGAUAUCAGUGUUGCCAGUUGUGAAUGCUUAACAUGUUUGUUAUUGAUUUGUAAACGUAGUGUCUUGUUUACUGCCCGGCUGUACUAUUGUGAAACGCUUGUAUUUAUAAAGUUUAUAUCAUUAUAUACGGAGAGUUAAUAUAUAAA